AAGUCUGGCGCUUUUCCUCCUUCCCCCCUUCCUCAUUCCAGUCUGCUUCCUCCCUCCGCCACUUUUAUGAUUAUGACUGGCUUCCCGCGCCCCUCCCCCUGAGGGCGGUCCGCUCGGCGCGGCGCCGAGGCCCAAGUGGGAGACGGCGCGCAUGCGCGCGGGGUGGCGGCCGGAAGUCACCGCCACUUCCGGUCGGUGGCGAUCACCAUGGUAACGGGCGACGCCGUCCAAACCCACCCACGUUUGCCCGCGAGGCGGCCGACGGGAGAAGAGAAAUCCCAAAUUGGCCCCAAAUCUGGCGCUUUUCCUCUUUUCCCCCCUUCCUCAUUCCAAUCUGCUUUCCUCCCUCCGCCACUUUUAUGAUUAUGAUUGGUUUCCCGCCCCCCUCCCCCCUUGGGCUGGUCCGCUCGGCGCGGCGCCGAGGCCCGACUGGGAGACGACGCGCAUGCGCGCGGAGCGGAGACCGGAAGUCGCCGUCAUUUCCGAUGUCGGUGAGGCGACUCGGUGAGGUUUUGGAAACCCUCAAGAAGGUAGAAAAGGAGAGACAGCAUGAAGCCGCAAGAAUAAUUCAGAGAUCCUGGAAAAGAUUUCUUGAUAUAUGUGUAUUUCAGCACUUCAAAAUUCUACUUAAGAUGCGAAAAGAAGGGGACCCCCGUCUUCUAAUGAGAUGUAUUGAUCCUAAAGAGGCAGAGCUUCUCGACGCUGCCGCUGGAAUUAACAUUCGGUUCAGACUUGGGGGAGUUAAAUAUCCCCCCACUAUAUAUUAUAAAAUCUUCACUCAGCGGCCUAUCGUAGACCUGUGUGCUCACAGCCCCAGAGAUUACACGAAGCGUCCAGCAAAGCAGCCGGCGCCUAAGGAGCCGAAUGGCAACCUCGAGGACGCCAGUCAGCGCGGCUGGUACCAGAGAAUAGAGAACAACGGUUGGCGACCCCUUUCCAUCCGAUUCUGGAGGUUCACAGAUCCCUUCACCCUGGCCGACAACGAGAGGAAGGUGAGCUUUCAUUUCUCCAAACUGAAGAGGAGAGAGGAUGUCGAGAAAAGGCGAAAACUGAAAAAAAUAAAAUGGAUGCAGCACAUGUAUUACGCAGGAAGCUUAAAGGCAAAGGAAGUGGAUUCUGAAACCCAGAUCUUAGUUCAGAAGGCCACCGAAGGAAUAAUAAAAUCGAUUGAAGUGGAAGGCGUGGAAAAUGUGAUGGAAUGGGAAGUGGAUGAAAUCCUGAAAUGGACGAACACACUCAACUUUGAUGAGUAUAUUACCUACUGGAAAAAACUAGCCACGAGCAGCUCUUCAGCUCCCUUUCAAGAUUUCAGGUUAGAGCUGUACGGAUUCACGGAGAUACCCCUUGACAGCAAGGCAACGCUGAAACUCAUCACGUCUCGAGAACAGAUCUAAGAGGAGAACCCCAGAUCUGCCGGAACGCCCCCAGAUUCCUUCCCUCGCCCUUAAAAGAUUUUUCUUUCCAGAGCCCAUUUUAGGGAUGGGUAGCAGACGCCAGUUUUCCCCAGGGGAUUUAUUCGUACCGAAUAAAGUUGCUUUAAUACGG